UAAUGUCUCUCUAGAAUUGAAGUUCAUCUCCCUACCUUAUCUCUAUCUUUGAUAAACUUAAGCCUCUCAUCUAUAUAAAGCUCUUCUUAUAUGGAUUCACGACCAACAAGAGUCUUUCCACAUUCCAAUUCUCAAAAGAAAUUUCCUCGUAUUUCUUUUUAGAACAUAUUACAACAUGGGAUUCCGUUUACCAAGGAUUGUUCAUGCCAGACAAAGCCUUCAACGUUCUUCAUCAACAGGAAAUCGAGCAUCUCCCAAGGCUGUCGAUGUUCCAAAAGGGUACUUCACCGUUUAUGUUGGUGAGGUAGAAAAGCAGCGUUUUGUGAUCCCACUAUCUUACUUGAACCAACCUUCGUUUCAAGCUUUGUUGAGUGAAGCAGAAGAAGAAUUCGGAUAUGAUCAUCCAAUGGGUGGCAUCACUAUUCCUUGCAGUGAAGACGUUUUCCUUAAUCUCACUCGGAGUUUGAAUGACUCAUGAAGUAUAGAGAUUAACAUCUAUUCUAGAUUGUACAGAAAAAGGAUUAGAAGAGUACACAAUGUAAACAUUUUUGAAAUGAGAAAACUUGAUUGGUUGAA